UCUAUGGACGUCUCCCAUAAACCGAUGCUUCGAAACUGGCCAACAUCUUGCCAGAUUAUUGACUUUCUUCUUCUCUGCUCCACACAGCACCCUCCGAUUACGAUCCCAUCCAAUCCUUUCUUCGUCUCAGUUCUCUGUGCCGCAAUCCUUUCAAUUUCGGUUCCCAGGUUCUCAAGCUUCUGACGGAGAGGCAAAAUGGCUGCGCAUAAGGUUGCUCAUGCAACUUUGACAGGACCAAGUGUGGUGAAGGAGAUCAUCAUUGGCAUUACGCUUGGCUUGGCCGCAGGUGGAUUGUGGAAGAUGCAUCACUGGAAUGAGCAGAGGAAAACGAGGGCAUUCUAUGAUUUGCUAGAGAAAGGCGAGAUCAGUGUUGUUGCAGCAGAAGAAUAAAGAUUAUGCAGUUUCUUUAAUGAAUCUAUCACCACUUUAGUGCCUCCACAAUCACUGCCUAUUGGCCAAACAUUUAUGCUUGACCUGUAUUCUGAAAAAAUAAAUUUCUUGCAUCGACCCUUGUGAGUCACUUUAAUGCUUUAGAGAGCAUGUAAGCUUGCUGUUUUCUCUGCAAUGUUGAAUUACUCUUGUUGAUCUUCUUUA